UCUAUGGAGUAAAGUAAUACUAUAGUACCGGCAGUCGGCUUGAUGCAGUCGAUUAGUUUGUGAGCAGCUCCGUCAAUAAUUUGAAAAGUGAAACACGUGCUUUUGUUGUUGCUUUCUUCAUCUACAUUCCUUUCUGGUUUGCCACCAGUUCAUCUCAGGGACGAAAUUUCUACUCCGACUCAGUCGGUUUUCAACAGCACGACAUACUACAUCUCCCAGACGACACAUUAACUACAAAAGCAUGGCUAGUGGAAGACUUGCGAUCCUAAGCGUAUCGGACAAAACCGGUUUGCUAGAGUUAGCGACAGGACUCAAUCAUCUUGGAUUGAAACUGGUAGCCAGUGGUGGUACGGCCAAGGCAAUCCGCGAUCAAGGGCUACCGGUGCGCGAUGUGUCCGAGCUUACAGGAGCUCCAGAAAUGUUGGGUGGACGUGUGAAGACGCUGCACCCAGCAGUGCACGGUGGAAUAUUGGCCCGCCUCACUGAGUCGGAUUUGAGUGAUAUGAAGCAUCAAAACUAUGAACUGGUUCAGCUUGUGGUAUGCAAUCUGUAUCCGUUCGGGUUAACCAUCUCAAAGGCAGAUGUGACGGUAGCCGAGGCAGUCGAGAAUAUCGACAUUGGCGGUGUAACGCUGUUGCGAGCAGCGGCCAAGAAUCAUAACCGGGUUACAGUGCUGUGUGAUCCUUCAGAUUACAGUAAGGUACUCGCUGAAAUCAAACAGUUUGGAGAUACUACGGAGUCUACCCGGCAGCUGCUGGCUUUAAAAGCGUUCACUCAUACGGCGGAAUAUGACAACUUGAUUUCUGACUACUUCCGCAAGCAGUAUUCAGCUGGUGUUUCACAGAUUGGCCUCCGUUACGGCAUGAACCCACAUCAAAAACCUGCUCAAAUUUUUACUACUUUGGAAAAACUUCCGUUGAAGGUAGUUAACGCAGCCCCCGGUUUCAUCAAUCUUUGCGAUGCUCUGAACGGUUGGCAAUUGGUUUGUGAGCUAAAGAAAGCACUUGGAAUUUCAGCAGCAACCAGUUUCAAGCACGUUUCUCCUGCAGGAGCCGCAGUAGGAGUCCCUCUAUCACAUGCUCAAGCUAAACUCUGCAUGGUCGAUGAUCUAUACGACAGCCUGACUCCGUUGGCCACAGCUUAUGCCCGCGCUCGUGGCGCCGAUCGGAUGUCUUCUUUUGGAGACUUUGUAGCUCUAUCUGACACCUGUGAUCUUGUAACCGCGAAGAUCAUUUCUCGGGAAGUAUCUGAUGGAAUCAUUGCACCAGGAUAUUCCGAGGAAGCCCUAGAAUUACUAAAAAAGAAGAAGAAUGGAGCAUAUUGUAUUCUUCAGAUCGAUCCAACAUAUGAACCAAGUCCCAUCGAAAGAAAGACACUCUUUGGACUGCAAUUAGAGCAACGGCGCAACGAUGCCGAUAUCAGCAAGGCGCUGUUUACCAAUAUUGUUACGAAGAACAAGAAUCUUCCGGAUGGUGCCGUGCGUGAUCUGAUCGUAGCGACAAUUGCCCUGAAAUACACGCAGAGUAACUCCGUGUGCUACGCCACUGAUGGUCAAGUUAUUGGCAUCGGAGCUGGUCAGCAGUCUCGCAUCCACUGUACUCGACUGGCAGGUGAUAAGGCUGACAACUGGUGGCUACGACAACAUCCACGAGUGACGUCAAUGCAGUUCAAGAAGGGUGUCAAGCGCGCGGAAAUCUCCAACGCAAUCGACAACUACGUAAAUGGAACUGUUGGCAAGGACAUGCCGUUAGCGCAGUUCGUAGCUAUGUACGAAAAGGUCCCAGAGUUCCUAACGGAAACUGACAAACAGACGUGGGCGAAGAAGUUGAGUGGGGUUUCUUUGGGAUCGGAUGCGUUUUUCCCAUUCCGUGACAACGUGGAUAGGGCUAAACUGAGCGGUGUAUCGUUUAUUGCUAGUCCAUCUGGGUCGACCAAUGAUGCUGGUGUCAUUGAGGCUUGCAAUGAGCAUGACAUAAUUAUGGUUCAUACUAACUUGAGGUUGUUCCACCAUUAGCCGGCUUAUGAUCUGCUUGUGCACUAUUGAAAAUCAACAUUAAAAUGUUUGCCAAUACAUACAAUAAAAUAAAGGCGUAAAUUGUUUUAUAA